CACUUGCUUAUCUUGUCUCUUGCUGUCAUUUUCCUCUGGUCCAAUGCUACUAAUUCGAUUACCAAGUAAGACCACUAUUAUCAAUUUUGUUACCUCUUGCAUGGUGAAUUAGAUUGAAAUUUGAUUUCUCAAUUAUCGAAGAAACUCCACACAUUUCUCAAUUAUCAACUGGACCUUGCUGUUUUGAGGGAAAUUGCAUCAGGAUGUGAUUUGAAUAAGUUCCUUGCUCUGAUCAGAAGUCCAGAUGAACACUCUUCAAUUCGUACAUGUCAAACUUUUGGCCGUCGAUUUCCUCUCACUUACAAUUCACAACUCCUCGCACUCUCCUUCCUUCACCAGGAAAGGUAAACUUGUUUCGCGAGCUGAAACUGUUGGUGUGGUGGUGAGUCUGGAGCGCAAAGACAAGUAUCUCACAUUCCUGGUGGAUGAUGGCAGUGGCUGCAUUUGUUGCAUUCUUUGGCUCAACCACCAGCCUGACCACGCGCCCGACCUCGGUGUGGCGGCCGAGAUAGCUCUUAGGGAGGCCGCAACAGUUGAGUUAGGGAAACUGGUUCGAGUGAGAGGGAAGAUCACCUUGUACAGAGGGUCACUGCAGUUGACCGUGAGAGAUGUUCUAGUCGAACAAGAUCCCAACAUGGAGGUGCUGCACUGGCUGGACUGCAUCAGGUUGGCGAAAUGCUGUUAUGAUCUGCCAACUCCAGCAAUUACUUGAUGUGAUGUACCACUAUUGGCUUUCUUGUUUCGCGAUAGAAUCAUUACUUGAAAGAUGUUUGCUGUUCUACGUUCCCUAGUGCUAAUUACUAGUGAUUACUUACUGAAAAGAUCAUUUGUGCUGACUGAUAACUGAGUGGCUACUUUGCCUUUCAUUGUAGUAACUUUGAUCUAUUAGUUAUGUUAAGUUCCUCUUCUCUGAACUUAUUAUUA